AUGGCCUCAUCAAUCACCCAUAGACUAUCAGGAGGACUUAUCGGUUCCUCAGGCGAGACAGCAUCUGAGGAGGAAGCGGCGAAAUACAGACUGCUCGUUACAGCAGGGCCAGCCUACGAUCAGAAAACGCAUCAAAUCGUCCGUGUCAACACCAACAGAGUCACCACCAUCGAGAACGAAUUUCUUACGGCCAAGAUAUCCGUGCGAGUGAAAGAUUACCGUGGUCUGCCCGCAUCAAGCCCAUCAUCCUCGCCAUACUUUGAAGACCCGAUCCAUAAGCACGACCUUUAUUCCGUUGCCUUCAGUUUCGUUCCCAAGCGUGACCUACCGAGCGUCGACACCGUCUGGGGGAAUGAUUUCGAUCAUCCCAUCCGCGAUCGCAUCCCGCCAGGCUUUAACACGGCCUUCCGCAUCGUGAAGGAAUUUAUUGAUCCUGGUCUUUCAUGUGAUGCAUACGCCGAUGAGCCAUGGUUGUAUGGGCCGAGUCUGAGUUGUUGGUUCGGCCUCCGCAUCGGCGAUGUGUACGAGCCCGGACAAGAUUUUCCAGCUCCUGAUGAGAACAACGUGCUGACCGAGGGAGCCGACGGCUCUGGUCAGGAGAAACGUGAGGCUCUUGGAUUACCGGCCAACAACGAAAAGCGACGGAAGCACUUCCUGUCACAAACCCAUCGAGAAGCAUUCGUUUUUGAAAAAGGCCGGUGCUACCAAGGCGAUUUCUACAAUCCGUACAUCGACUUUGGAAACUUCUUAUUGAAAUUGCCCGGGUUCAGCCUGAAAGUCAUCAAAUAUGUCGAGGGCAAGACGCAUUGCUUGCGAUAUGUUUUCAAGAAUCGAGCCACAAAUGAGGUGUACUUCAACGUCAAUUUCUUCCUCGUGUGGGGCGAGCAGCUCGAGCGCGCUCUUGCCGAAGAUAAGGAGCAAGAGGGAGUACAGGGUGGCGAUCUCGCAAGUGUUCUACUGCCGCCGGGCCAAACAACCAACCGUUCUUUACAAAAUUCGGGCGUGGCAGUCAAGCCGCAAGCUCAGCGGACCACAUCUCAUCCAAGCCCAGGCCUUGACGACGUAGAAUGA